CCCCCGCCGCCACGGCCCGCUCAGCAUUGCGGUCCCCUGUCCCGUCCCGCCCUGCCCUGCCCUGCCGCGGCCCCGUCCCCGGCAUCCCCCGUCCCCAUCCCCGCUCCCCGCCGCUCCUCGCUCCCCGGCGCGCUGCCGGGCGCAUGGCGGCGGGGCCGGGCGGCGCGGCCCUGGGGCGGGCGGCGCUGGCGGCGCCGCUGGUGCUGCUCUACUACGGCUUCUCCAUCGGCAUCACCUUCUACAACAAGUGGCUCAUGAAGAGCUUCCCGUUCCCGCUGCUGGUCACGCUGCUGCACCUGCUGCUCAUCUUCGCCCUGGCGGCGCUCGGCCGUGCCCUGGCGCGCUGCCGCUCCGGGCGGCCGCGGGCAGCGCUGUCCUGGGCCGACUGCCUCCGCCGGGCCGCCCCCGCAGCUCUGUCAACUUCCUUGGAUAUUGGGCUGAGUAACUGGAGCUUCCUGUAUGUCACUGUCUCCCUCUACACGAUGACCAAAUCCUCCGCCAUUCUCUUCAUCCUGCUUUUUUCAUUGCUCUUCAAGCUGGAGGAAAUGAGGGUGACAUUGCUGCUGGUGGUUCUGCUCAUCGCUGGGGGACUUUUCAUGUUCACCUACAAGUCCACACAGUUCAACACACAGGGGUUUGUGCUUGUGCUCUGUGCCUCUUUCCUGGGGGGCAUUCGCUGGACUCUCACGCAGAUACUGAUGCAGAAGGCUGAACUGGGGCUCCAGAAUCCCAUUGAUAUCAUGUUUCACCUGCAGCCGCUCAUGUUCCUGGGGCUCCUCCCACUCUUUGCGGUGUUUGAGGGCCUUCCUUUGUCCAUAUCAGAGAAGCUCUUCCGUUUCCAUGAAGCAGGAAUGCUGUUCUCUCUGGUAGGGAAGCUGUUCUUGGGUGGAAUUCUUGCCUUUGGUCUAGGCUUUUCUGAGUUCCUCUUGGUUUCCAGAACAUCUAGCCUCACCCUUUCCAUUGCUGGCAUUUUUAAGGAAAUCUGCAUUUUAUUCCUGGCCACACAUUUACUGGGAGACCGCCUCAGUCUCUUGAACUGGCUGGGCUUUGCUGUCUGCCUGUUGGGGAUCUCCCUCCACGUUGUUCUCAAAGCCAUGAAUUCCAAAGGUGACAAAGCACUGGAGCCACACAAAGGGGCCAGCUCUGACCCUGACCUGCAGCUGCUGCUGCGCCACCCCGAGCGUGGUGAGGAAGAGGAAGAGGUUGUUGAAACCCCACAACAGCACUGACUGAACAAGAAGCACAAAGCCACCCGCUCUGUUCUUACCAAACCUGCCUGACAGCUCUCCAGGAGGAAGGUCCAGAAGUCUCUGUGACCACCCAAAGCAGAGCCAGGGCCCAGUGAGAGAAUUCUGCUGUUUUGCCACAGUGUGGAUCUGUAGAUGCUGCACAAGAAAAGGCAAUAUCCCUUUCACAGGAGCUUGGAAGACAAGCCCUGCUUCAGUGGGUGCAGAAUGGCGAGGUGAGACAGGGAAAAGCUGUAAAAAGUCCAUUAGGGGAUCCUGAAGGCUGUCUACUGAGAAGCAGACCAUGGACAUGUCUGGACUGCAGGCGGAGUGGUUCAGGGAUGAUUUUACUGUUGUUUUUAUUCCAGCGAGGAUCUUUUGUGCCUGGGGACCUCCAUGUUCUGUGUGCAUAGUAAGGAGAGAAUUAAAUGCUGGUAUUUGGGACCAGUUGAAAAUUAUGAACAUUUCCAGAUGAUGUAGGUUGGAGGGAAGACAGGGAUGCAAGAGUACUUCUGGUGCUACAGGCCAAGAGGAGAAUGAGCAGUGUCACAGGAGAUCUAACUUGAGCAAUAAGCUUAUCAAAAAGUAUGUGGGAUUUUGAGGGGUGGAUUUUUUUUGUUUUUUAAAAUAAACUUUUUCUCAUUUGC